UCAGUUAGACUGUAUCUACGGACUCCGGCUUCCCGAAAGGCGCAAACGUGAAGAAACUGUCCGCUUUCCGCUCGCGAACCAGGACAGUCAGACAAGAGCAGUCGAUUGGCUCGGACCGCUCUCCACCUUCAGCGCCACCGUUGGUGUCUCAUACAGAUCGCCGUCGUAAUCGCUCUCCGUGGCCGCCUCUUAAAUAACUCGCUCAUCAUAGGGAGGAGAUGCCGAGGUCAAGCCCGCCAAAGCAUCGACAUGACGGUACCUCGCCACUACCCCUCGGCAUGGAUUGGAGCCCGCCCCCAAGGAAAUGGGAGGGAAGAAACACUAUUUGGCCGCAUGAUUCCAGAACAGGUUGGAGUUACUGUGUCAUGGUCCCUUCAUGGAUGGUUGAAACUGCAUCUGGACGAUCAAAUGAUACCUUAUUGAAUCCAAUAAUUUUUUACAGGAUUCUAAUUGGUUUACAAUCUCCAGAAGGGGUUAGCAGUAGCCAUGACAUCCUACGCAGGUUCAGUGACUUUUUGAAGUUGUUUUCUGCUCUCAAAAGGGCGUUUCCCAAGAAAAACAUACCCCCAGCUCCGCCAAAGCAUGCUUUAAUGCGAAUUAAUUCUAGCCGUCUGCUCUUAGAACAGAGAAGGCGAGCUUUAGAGGAAUGGAUAGGAAAGCUGCUCUGUGACAUUGAUCUGUCAAGAAGUGCUCCUAUUGCUACUUUUCUUGAGCUAGAAGCAGCUGCAAGGUCAUCGUUUGUGCUUGCCAAUGGGCUCCCUUCAGAAGCAAGCACCUCAGUAGAUGCUGCAACUGUUUAUCCUAGAAGAUCCAGUUCCAGUGCCUCUGCAGAAUGUUCAACUAUAGCUUCAAAUGCUCAAUCGAUAGCCUCAGAUGCCUCUAGUGACAUUACUUGCAAUAAAUUUGAUGCUGAAGAAAUCAAUAAUGGUAUCAUGGCGGUGGCUGCAAUGUUUGACCAGCCAGAGGACUUGUUUAACGCUAAUUUGCCUCAAAGAAAAGACGGUCCUCAUUCUGGAUGCGAUUCAUCUUACAAAAGUUCUUCCAAGCAGAUGUUCAUUCAAAGCGAAAUAGUUGAUUCCAAUGCAAAUCUGGAUCAUGACAAGCUUUCUUAUCAUUCUAGGAGGCUUUCCAGUGAUAGCAUUGGUAGUGAUGCAAGUUCUAUUCGUGCCAGUGAACUGUUAAUUCCUGGAGCUACUAGCUUAGUUUGGGAUGGUUCUGUUACUUUUUCUGAUGGCGUUUUAUUUCCUAGUACCAUGGAAGCUUCAAGUAUUGCAGAAACACAGUUUGCAAAUGAUUUGCAGAUUAUUCUUCCUAUUGAUCAGCGACAGAAAUUGAACCGAGUUCUCCUUACUAUGCAACGAAGAUUAGCAACAGCCAAAACAGAUAUGGAGGAUAUUAUAGCACGAUUAAAUCAAGAAUUAACCAUUAAAGAGUACCUUACAAUGAAGGUAAAAGAUUUAGAGGUGGAGCUUGAAGUCACUAAACAGAGAAAUAAAGAUAAUCUUCAGCAAGCCAUCUUACUUGAAAGAGAAAGAUUCACCCAAACUCAAUGGGAUAUGGAUGAACUUCACAGGAAGUAUCUAGAGUUGGAAUCAAAACUCAAGUUUGAACAGUGUAAAAAAACUUGUGUAGAGUCGGAAAACACAACUGCAAGUAACGAGAAUGAUAUUUUAAACCAAGAGCUGUCGACAAAACAAGAGCAGAUUACUAAUCUGGAAAGGCAGCUAGAUCAGCUUGAGAUGAAAUCAAAGGCUGAUAUUAAAGUUCUUGUGAAAGAAAUUAAGUUUCUUAGAAACUCUCAAGAAGAGCUGAAGAAAACGCUAGAACAGUCUGCCAUUGAAAAUGAUGACUUGGAGAGAGUUCUUCAAAACAAUAAACAAAAGUGGAAGCUUGCAAAAGCUACAAUGAAAAACCUGCUUCAUGAUUGUGAAAUUCUUCGGCAUCAACUUCAAGGGUGCAGCGUUACUUUUCUUUCUACAGAGGAGGAUCAUUUUAGUGUCAAUCCAGAAUCAUUAUCUGAUGCUUUAGAACUCCUGGCAACUUCUGAUAACCGUCUAGGCCUCCUCAUUGCAGAGGCACAAUUACUUGCUCAAGAAGACGAGGAAACCAACUUUAACCUGAAUGAAAUGAAGGCAGUCGGACCUUCUGAAGAUGUCAUUGCCAUCUGUGAUGGUGAUCCAGUUACAGAAGUGGAGGGGAUGCGAAGGAUGCUGAUAAGCACGAUAAUAGACAAUGCAAUGCUGAGGAAGCAGUCAAACUCUGUAUUCCGAUGCGCUCUCAAAACCAUCUCAGAGCCUAGGAAUGAUGAUGGGAAUGAAGUUCCAUCCCAAAAAACAAUGCUGAACAGAUUCCUGCGGAGGUAGAGAGUUGAUUGGUUAGUAUUUUUUCAAUGAAAUUUGCCUUCAUAGCUCACAUUUCUUAUGUAUUUACAAAUCUGA